UGCUGGUGUUUGUGCAACGGCCCCUGAGUGGCGGCUGGCUCUCUCAGAUCGCUCUCGCUUGACUACCAUUGCUGCACGCAUUGUUGAAGUGAAAGGAAAGUGGACAGCUUGAUCCUGUCUGUGGGAUGCACCGACAGAGGGUCACUACUGUGUGUGAAUGGAGCAGAGUUGAAAGAAAGUUACACAGAAGGAGGCUCAGUAAAAGGCAGUUGGAGAUUCGAGAUUGGGUUUUGGUGUGAGGUACAACAAAGCAGACAGGCUGGCCAGAAGACACAGAUCCAACAUUGGCGUUUUUGGCCACAACGGAAAAAAGGGCAUCCACCCCUGCCGUACGAGGGGGACGAAGGCGGUCUGUUGCUGCCACAAUAAAAGAAGCAGUGAGCUGCAUUCGUUGUGUGGGCGGGCAGGUGAGGGUUAAACUGUGGUGACAACCGAAGUGUGGGAGGAAAGAGGAAGAGGAAAAAGAAGACGAAGAGGAGGGAUAGGUAAAGGAGGAGGAGGAGGAGCAGUGGUCUUGGGCCUCGAGCCACAAACACAAGCAGGAUGGCGGAGAAGAAAGUUAGCAGCCUCCCCGCUAAGCUGAUUAAUGGGGGCGUGGCAGGCCUGGUUGGUGUGACAUGUGUAUUUCCCAUUGACCUGGCCAAGACCCGCCUACAGAACCAGCAGGGUGUCCCAGUCUACAAAGGAAUGAUGGACUGCCUGGCAAAGACGGUACGCUCGGAGGGCUAUUUUGGAUGUUACAGAGGUGCAGCAGUGAACCUCACUCUUGUGACGCCAGAAAAAGCCAUCAAGCUGGCUGCCAAUGACGUCUUCAGACAGAAGCUCUCCAAGGAUGGUCAUUUACCCCUGUGGGGAGAAGUGCUGGCAGGCUGUGGGGCUGGGACAUGUCAGGUGGUAGUCACCACUCCUAUGGAGAUGCUUAAGAUCCAGCUGCAGGAUGCAGGAAGGCUCGCUGCCCAGAGAACCGUUCCAACUGCAGCUCAGGCGGCUGCCCCCGGGCCAGCUCAAACCCUGGUGGCCCCCCCACCAGCGCGGCCGAGCCCUCCACCUCCACCUCGGGCCUCGGCCACCGGCAUCACGGUGGAGUUGCUGAAGACUCGGGGACUUGCGGGCCUCUACAGGGGGGCCGGAGCUACCUUAGUGAGGGACGUCCCUUUCUCAAUGAUCUACUUCCCGCUGUUUGCCAACCUGAAUGCGCUGGGCCGGGAGAGAGUGGGUGACGUGCAGGUUCGGGCGCCAUUCUGGCAGUCCUUCAUGGCCGGCUGCGGCGCCGGCUCAGUGGCAGCUGUGGCUGUAACACCAUUGGAUGUCAUAAAGACUCGUCUGCAGACUUUGCAAAAAGGUGACGGCGAGGAGACAUACAAAGGAAUUGUUGACUGCACACGGCGCAUCAUGACGCGGGAGGGCCCAUCAGCAUUCCUGAAGGGUGCAGCAUGUCGCGCUCUGGUUAUCGCUCCUCUUUUUGGCAUUGCGCAGGGUGUCUACUUUCUUGGGGUCGGGGAGACGUUGCUCGGUUUGCUGGGAUAGCAGUGCUUGGCAUUGGUGGCGGUUGUUGUGUGGUCCCUGCUGCUUUAAUCUGCAGUGAAUGAAUGACACAACUGAGUGAAUGCUGAAUACAGAGAGGGGGAAAUACGGCCGCAAUCUGCUAACCAAAUGAAGAGGAAUGGUCUGACAUAUGAAGAGGGUCUAUUUACUAAUAUGUGGACCAACAGGAUCUAAUCACUAAUCAAGUGUCUCUAGGUUUUGACAUGCUGUCAUGAACAGGGUUCCGUAGGUUAAACAGGGUCCUUUCUAUGUGUGUGACUAAUCUGAGGAUGUUCAUCCCAAAUGGUUCGGGGUUAUCCCGGGUGCUUGCUGCAUUAUGUCUGGGGCUGGUCAUUUCAUCUGAGAGGGAUUAUUCUGUCUGGUUAAGAGAGAGCUUUUGCAUGUUGUUUGAGGACGACUAUUUGUAUAGUAAUGACAAACAACUGUGCACCAUCCUAUGUAAUCUUUUACAAAAGAUUGCAUCACAUUGAAUGAGUCUGAACUGGUGUCAAAUGCCUGUAAUUUACAAUUUAAUGUUUGAUGUGUUUAUUACUUUGGAAAAUGAGCUUAAUCUCCUUCUGCCUACCAUGUCAUGCGUUCCUCCCACUCCAUCCCGUGAGGUCCGAGUUGUAAUCUUGAAUUCCUUCCGUGGAUUGGGAGGUGCUGGCUGCCAGAAACUCUAAGGUCAGUUGUUAAUCUGAUGGUAAUGCUUUAAUCCCAGCAUUACUGGACAAUAUACCCUAACACACAGCUCACUUCCUCUUCUCCCCACAGUUUGGCAGGGUUAAAAAAUACAUGAAUAGCUACUCAUACAAAUACAUUGCUUCAAAUGAUGUGCGCAGAAUAACUGGAAAGAAAAAUGCAAUUAAAGCCUUACAAUUGCUGGUAGUUUCUAAAUCAUCAAAACUGUAUGUCUUAAAUGAAUUCAAUGGAAUUGGGAGUUUUGAUUUGGUACUUGAGUCCAAUUUAGCGAGGACAAUUAUAUUUAAUAGAACCGUGGAGGGAGUAGGGCACCUGGUCUCGCCAACUGUUUGCCAUUACUGAAGUCCACUGGGUGGCACAAAAAUAUUUUUUUUGUAAACAUUUUUAAUUGAAGACACAUGUAAGGAGAACAUAGACUGAUUAAAAUGUGUGUUUACACACUGUAAAUAAAGAUAUCUCAUACAUGCUCA